UCCAGGCUCCAGGCCCCAGGCUCCAGGCUCCAGGCCCCAGGCUCCAGGCUCCAGGCCCCAGGCUCCAGCCCCCAGGCUCCAGGCUCCAGCCCCCAGGCUCCAGGCUCCAGCCCCCAGGCCCCAGGCUCCAGGCCCCAGGCUCCAGGCUCCAGGCCCCAGGCUCCAGGCUCCAGGCCCCAGGCUCCAGGCUCCAGGCCCCAGGUUCCAGCCCCCAGGCUCCAGGUUCCAGCCCCCAGGCCCCAGGCUCCAGGCUCCAGCCCCCAGGCUCCAGGCUCCAGCCCCCAGGCUCCAGGCUCCAGGCUCCUCGCCAUGAUGGGAGACAGCAGCUGGGUCUGUCUGAGCCCAGCAGAGUUCAGUCAGCUGCAGCAGUACAGUGAAUACUCCACCAAGAAGCUGAAGGAUGUUCUGGAGGAGUUCCACGGUGAAGGAGUUCUGUCCAAAUACAACCCGGAGCAGAAGCAAGACGUUCUGAACCAACCCAUCGACUACAAGGGCUUCCAGCUCUUCAUGGCCACCUACCUGGAGAACAACAUCCCAGAAGAACUGUGUCAGCAUCUCUUCACCUCCUUCAAGAGCAAGACGGGAGGAUGUUCUCCGGACCAGUCCAGAGCCGGAACCAGUCUACUGGAAGCGCGCUCCAUUGAUGCAGGCAUCUCUAUUCAGACCGAAGUGGCCUGUGCCCCCAUCACAGGGAUGAAUGGGAAGAGCAUCCUGUCAGCGAUGGGCCGACACACUCCAGAGCACUCGGCUGUGAUGAACACGCCGGGUUCAGGAGCCACCACCUCCCCUUGUUCGUCCCGGUCCUCCUCUCAGCGCUCGGGGACGGGGUGCCACACGCCUGGGGGGCCCCACAGGUCACCCUGCACCCAGAUCAAAGCCUCUGAGGCCAGCAGCAACGCCCUGAGUCCCAACACCGGUCCUGCCCGGUCCCCAGUGUCCCCCAGACUGUCACCAGCAGAUUGGAGUCGCUCUGAGAAGCUGCUGUCGCUGAGAAGGAGCCCGUCGCCCCAGAAGGGUUCCCCCCUGCCGUCGCCCCAGGUGGUCUUCCUGAAGGACAUCGUGUGCUACCUGUCUCUGCUGGAGAGGGGGACACCUGAGGACAAGUUGGAGUUCAUGUUCCGGCUCUACGACACCGACGGCAACGGGGUUCUGGACAGCUCGGAACUGGACCGGAUCAUUAACCAGAUGGUUCAUGUUGCUGAGUACCUGGAGUGGGAUUCUACCGAGCUGAGACCGAUCUUGAAGGAGAUGAUGGAGGAGAUCGACUUCGACAGAGACGGGACGGUAACUCUGGAGGAGUGGAUCAGAGGAGGCCUCACCACCAUCCCUCUGCUGGUGCUGCUGGGGAUGGACACAAACGUCCAGGAGGACGGGCAGCACGUCUGGCGUCUGAAGCACUUCAACAAACCGGCGUUCUGCAACUACUGUCACACCAUGCUGCUGGGAGUCCGCAAGCAGGGCCUCUGCUGCUCCGUGUGUAAAUACACAGUUCAUGAACGCUGCGUCUCCAAAGACAUCGCCGGCUGCAUCAGUACCUACGCCAAGUCACGACGACACACCAACGCCAUGCAGCACGUGUGGAUGGAGGGAAACUCUCCCACUAAAUGUGAUCGCUGCCAUCGGAGCAUCAAAUACUACCAGGGCCUGACGGGGCUGCACUGUGUCUGGUGUCAGAUCACGCUCCAUAAUAAAUGUUCCUCUAAUGUGAAACCCGACUGUGACGGAGGAUCUCUGAGGGACCAUCUGCUGCUGCCGUCCUACAUCUGUCCAGUGGUUCUGGACCGACACUCAGUGGUGAAGCGAGGAGAAGGAGAAUCUCCUUCCAGCACCAGUCCAGACGACACCAACCAGACCUUCAAGUUCUCCCCUGGAGACGGCCAGGCUCUGCAGGUAGUCAUCAAUCGAUCAGUUCAUCAGUUCAUCAAUCAGUCAGUUAAUCGAUCAGUUAAUCAGAUCAGUCCUCUUCCUGGAACUCAUCCUCUGCUGGUUCUGGUCAACCCGAAGAGUGGAGGCAGGCAGGGGGAGAGAGUUCUGAGGAAGUUCAGGUAUCUUCUGAACCCCAGACAGGUGUACAGCCUGGAGCAAGGAGGACCUAUGGUGGGGCUCAACUUCUUCCACGACGUUCCAGAUUUCCGGGUUCUGGCCUGUGGAGGAGACGGGACGGUGGGCUGGAUCUUGGACUGUAUCGAUAAAGCGAACUUCUCCCAACAUCCUCCGGUGGCGAUUCUUCCUCUGGGGACCGGGAACGAUCUGGCUCGCUGCCUUCGCUGGGGAGGAGGCUACGAGGGCGGCAGCCUGCUGAAGUUCCUCCGGGACAUCGAACACAGCACCGAGGUGGUUCUGGACCGCUGGAACAUCGACAUCGUCCCCGAUGACAAGGAGGAGAAAGGAGAUCCGGUUCCAUACAGCAUCGUCAACAACUACUUCUCUAUCGGAGUGGAUGCCUCCAUCGCUCAUCGCUUCCACCUGAUGAGAGAAAAACACCCCGAGAAGUUCAACAGCAGGAUGAAGAACAAACUGUGGUACUUUGAGUUUGGAACUACGGAGACCAUCUCAGCCACCUGCAAGAAGCUCAACGAGUGCAUCGAGGUGGAGUGCGACGGCAUCAUCCUGGACCUCAGCAACACAUCCUUGGAGGGCAUCGCGGUGCUCAACAUUCCCAGCAUGCACGGCGGCUCCAACCUGUGGGGGGAAACCAAGAAGAGGAGGAACUACAACCGCAUGAGCAAGAAGGUUCCCGACAGGACGCCGGUCAGCACCGUGACUGACGCCAAGGAGCUCAAGUUCUGCAUCCAAGACUUCAGCGACCAGCUGCUGGAGGUGGUGGGUCUGGAAGGAGCCAUAGAGAUGGGUCAGAUCUACACCGGCCUUAAGAGUGCUGGACGGAGGCUGGCUCAGUGCUGCAACGUCACCAUCAGGACGUCCCGCCGGCUGCCCAUGCAGAUCGAUGGAGAACCCUGGAUGCAGCCUCCGUGCACGGUCCGGAUCACCCACAAGAACCAGGUUCCCAUCCUGCUGGGCCCGCCGCAGAAGACACCGUUCUUCUUCUUCAAGAAACGCAACCGGAGCCGCGAUUAGGACACACGAAACCACCUCCGAACACGAAAACAUACACAAACACAGCACAUCUACACACACACACUGUACAGGCAGCUCCAUGGACGACCGAGAAGGACGAGAAGGUCCUGAAGUCAGACAGAACCGACUGUUUCCUGUGUCCCCCUCCAGUCCCUAAAACUCAGAACCGCCCUGCCGGCCCAACGCUGGGGUUCCCUGAAUGUUAGAGACAGAAACACUACAGCAAACACCAGGACAGGAAGCGGCUGUUUACAAGUAAACAAAGCCAGAUCCAGCUGCCGGUUAAAACACCUGCAUGAAUAAUGGAGCAGCGGUUGGCGGUAGGAGCGUCGCCUCGGAGCCGAGCGAAGGAAAAGUCUCAUCCAUUAUUGACCCUCUGAUGGAGCCGAGGCCUGGACGGGUGGAGACAUGCCGGGAUCCAUCCAUCAGGCAGAGGAACCACCGCUAUCACAGUCUGUGGUUGCUAACGUCCAAUCAGCAGCAGCUUCUGGAUUCUCCUACUGGGUCAAGGAUGAAAUAAACCCCCUGAAGGGUAAAAAAGCAGCCCCCGGGGUUUAUUCACAGGGGAGCUAAGUUUAUCCCUCUAUUUCAGGGGAGGGUCUAUCUGCCUUCUCUGAAACCCAGCUCUUAAUCACCGCGUCACACAUCGAGUCACAAUGUCAAACCGAGGCGUAUGCGAUGAUGCGUUCAAAUGCACCGAACAAAACGGGACAGAACAGAUGCAGCAGGAGCUCAGUGUUUCUAAAGGAUGUAUUCAUAUUACUGUCCAUACAGCAAGUAUAAUCUCCAGUAACAUGUGCAGACGGAGUAGAUGUAUAUUUCUGGAACGUAGGUAUAGCUCACAUAUUCUCUACACACCCGUGUGUUUAUAGCACUGUUAAUAAUGUGGGAUUUUUAGCUUAGAGGUUUUCAGCCUAGUGUUGCUGGUCAUGUAGAGCCACUGCAGUCGCUCUCCGGAGGCAGUUUUCUACCUCAGAUCCUGCUUUCAUUCACGUUUUCUCACCAAAUGCACAUUUGGACAGUUUGUGACAGAAUAAUCUCCUGGUUCACGUGUUAACUUUGGGUUAACUUUGUGUUAACUUUGGGUUACGACCACAAAAAACAAACCUUGGAACCUCUUAAAAGUUACAAAAAUGUACAAAUUCCAGGUACACUACCAUUCAAAAGUUUGGGGUCACUUAGAAAUGUCCUUAUUUUUGAAAGAAAACCAGUCAGUCCCCAUUUCACAUGGACACCGAAAAUUUUUGUGUGAUGCUGCACUGUUUGCUAAACCAAAUGUUGUGGUUUUCAUGUUGAAGCUCUAUGACAAGAGACAAUCAAUAGGUUUUACUUUAGUUCAACACUUUUCUAUUAUUUUAACUAAAUAUAAAGCUGUCAGGAAAAACUACAUACAUAAAAUAGAUGCACAUACACUACGGUCCAAAAGUUUUUCAAUGAAUAUAGCAUUAAAUGAAUGAUAAAUCCAGUGUAGACAUUGUUAAUGUGGUAAAUGACUAUUGUAGCUGGAAACAGCUGAUUUUUAAUGGAAUAUCUCCAUAGGGGUACAGAGGAACAUUUCCAGCAACCAUCACUCCUGUGUUCUAAUGCUACAUUGUGUUAGCUAAUGGUGUUGAAAGGCUCAUUGAUGCUUAGAAAACCCUUGUGCAGUUAUGUUAGCACAUGGAUAAAAGUGGGAGUUUUCAUGGAAAACAUGGAAUUGUGUGGAUGAGCCCAAACUUUUCAACGUUGUGUUAAACUGGGCGAUAAGCAGCUUUUAGGUUUCCUCACUAGUGAAUCCAUGUUAUAUUUAAAUCUAACCCGAGUCAUUUUGUUCUGGAACUGGGCCUGCUGAUGAGCUAGCUUUAGCUACAGCUAGCUUACUUUAACAUGUAUCUCAUAAAACAUGUUUGUUUUCAUGCCACAUCCUGAUGCAGCAGCUGAAACGAAUCAUGAUGGAUAAAAAAGUCUACAAUAUAAAGAAGUGAUGCUAAAAGCUAACUAGCUUAGUGUAGCAGAGCAGCAACAGGUGCAGCUUCUAAUUUCAGUGAAAUGUUAUUUGGUAAAACACCUUUGAAGAUGCAACAAAAACAGGAACCCUGUUUGUUUUAAGCCUGGGAUUUUCAGCGGCCAUGGAUUCUCUUAUUUUAGGGCUUUAAUUGAAAGUUCUGAGAGGAAAGUGGCACAGGAAGCUAAUUCAUGGAACCUGUGCAGGUGUGCUUAAAUAAACACCAAUAUCAUAGGUCCAGUGGUGUUCCUUCUUUAGCUCAAGGUUUCCUGCAGAAAUUAGCCAGUAUUUUGUUAUGUUUAUAGAAAUUUUAAGUCAAGUAUUAAUGCAGAUGUUGCAUUGAAAGUUCACUGUCACUGCAGACAGAUACAGAAUUGUUUGUAUUUGAGUUUUAUGACUGUUUGAUCCAGACUGUUGAUGUAUAAACUGGGCAACAACCAGUGAACACUAGUGUACCCACAUUAUAUUUAAAUCCAACCCAAGUCAUUUUGUUCUUGAACUGGGUCUGCUGAUGAGCUAGCUUAACUACAGCUAACAUGACUCUCAAAAAAUCAUCUUUAUUUCUUCGACAGGUUUUUUUCGUGUCACAGCCUGAUGCAGCAGCUGAAACGAAUCAUGGUGGAUAAAAAAGUCUACAAUAUAAACUAGUGAUGCUAAACGCUAACUAGCUUAGCUUAGCAGAGCAGUGACAGAUGCAGCUUCUGAUUCCAGUGAAAUGUUAUUUAAAGAUGCAACAAGAACACGCUCCAACUUUAUUUUUAACCUCCAAUUUUUAAAGUUUUGUAAGUUUCCUGAAUUUAGGGGUUUAGUUGAAAGUUCUGGGAAGAAAAGCGGCUCAUGAGGCUAAUCUGUGGACCUUCAGAGAGAUUAUUCUGUCAAACACAAACAUCAAGAAUGAAGAAAUGAUUGAAAACCUGACCUGAAAGCACCAGAUCUUCUAGAUCUUCUGUUUGAUUGGUUGAGAUCUGUCCUGUUGCUGAAAGAGGCUGCAGAUGUUCUCAUGGUUCUACCUGAACUCCACCAGCGGGUCGAAGCCUUUGGACCCUGGUUCCCUUUAAACCUCACUGAGUGGCUCCUCUCAGCCGGGCUCCAGGAAACAUCCAGGUCCACGGUCCCCCCUCUGGUACCGGACUGGUCAAGGUCCACAGUCCCUUCUCUGAUACUGGACUGGUCCAGGUCCACGGUCCCCCUUCUGGUACCGGACUAGAUCAGGUCCACAGUCCCCCCUCUGGUACUGGACCGGUCAAGGUCAUCAGUCCCCGCUCUGAUACUGGACUGGUCCAGGUUCAGGUCCCCACUCUGGUACAGACCCAUAUCAGGUCCACGAUUCCCCCUCUGGUCCUGGACCGGUCCAGGUUCAGGUCCAUGAUCCCCACUCUGGUACCGGACCAUAUCAGGUCCACGAUCCCCACUCUGAUACUGGACCGGUCAAGGUCCAUGGUCCCCCCUCUGGUAGUAUACCGGUCCAGGUUCAGGUCCAAGAUCCUUCCUCUGGUACCGGACUAGAUCAGGUCCAUGAUCCCCACUCUGGUACUGGACCGGUUAAGGUCAUCGGUCCCCCCUCUGGUACCGGACUAGAUCAGGUCCACGGUCCCCCCUCUGGUACUGGGCCGGUCCAGGUUCAGGUCCAAGAUCCCCACUCUGGUACCGGACUAGAUCAGGUCCAAGAUCCCCCCUCUGGUACCGGACCAGGUCUAUGAAGCCCUUUAGAGUAACGAAGUCCAGCAGCUCUGGGGAAGGUAGCAGCAGAAGGUCCGGUUCUAUGGGAGCCCAGCUGAGAGCUCAGUGUCAGAGUGCAUGUUUACAGGAACUCUACAUGUAUGACAGAAUGUACAUAUGUGUUUAUAUCUGACCUUCAUCACCGCAUGCCUGCUGAAACACACGGAACAAAGAGGCGACUCAUCAAACUCCACUGUUAUCUGUUGAGCUUUUCAGUUUCUAUGUUUUUAUUUUUUUGCAGCAUGUUUGAGAAAAAGGCAGCAGAGACGAGAUGAGGUUCUGUUGAAAGGUUCCUGUUAGAACCUCAGCUGGGUCCGAUCAGACGCCCACGCUCCGCUGAUCCUCCGGUUCAUGUCCUUUGAAGUAAUCAAUGGUUUCAGCAAAUCAAUGGAGCCACUGUGAGCUCGCAGGAAAACCAUCCAAUCAGAGAGAAGAUGAAUAUUUAUGGUUUAAGCUCCAGGAACAAGAAUGUAGAACCUUCAUUCAGCAGCAGAUAAAGGUUGAUGGGGUUAGAGAACGUUUAUUAGCAAACAAGGAGGUGAAAUCUGAAGUUCUCUCGAAAGAUAGAACACCACAUCCCAUAAAAAACAUCCGAACCGGUUCCUUCCCUCUGUCUGACGCAAUAAACCCAAACCUGCUGGUUCUCACAUGAAGGAACAUUCAUUUUAAUGAGUUUAAAGGUUCCGUAACAUCAGCUACAAAUUCUAAUGAUGUUUUAAAGUUUUAAUCCAAUAUUUAUCUUUUAAUUAAUGUUCCACAAAUGUUCUGAGAAAGCUCUGCGAAUGUUUUCCACAUGAAGCUCCCAAAACAUUCUUCUUAAAGGUUUGAUAGCUAAAACCUUUUGGACCAUUCCACCUUAAUGUUCUCAAAACUGAAUGUUACACCGAGAACGUUUUCCUUUUGUUACCAUGGAACACUGUGGGAACGUUUCAUAGAUUCUAUACUGUGUUCCCUCGACAACAUCCUGUCAUCUGAGGUCUCCAGAACAUUUUUUGAAUGUUGCAUUGAGAACGUUCCUCUGUUGUUAUCACUAUUCAAAUGUUUUAUAGAAAAACGUUCUAUCAUGUGUUCCCUCAACAAGUAAGCUAAAUGUUCCACCUUUAAUAUAUCAGAUUAGAGGAAUGCUAUAAAAUGUUCCAUCUUCUGAGGUCUUGAUAACAUCUAGAAAAGAUUCUUUCAAUGCUGGGUUCAGAAUGUUCCUCCUCUGUUAUCAUAGAAUAUUCUGAGAAUGUUUUAUUGAAGAACAUUCUGUAAUGGGUUCCUUCAACAACAUCCUCAGAACAUUACAGGAAGAAUGUUCCACAUUUGUUAAUUUACGCUUUAUAAAGAACCUUCCUUCAUCUUGUGUUAUUUUCAACAUCUUGAAAAUAUUUUCCAAAUGCUGUUUUGAGAACGUUCCUCCUUUAUUAUCACUUUUCAAAUGUUUAAAGAAGAACGUUCUAUGAUGUGUUCCCUCAACAAAUAAGCUAAAUGUUCCACCUUUAAUACAUCACAUUAGACGAACAUCAUAAAACAUUCCAUCUUCUGAGGUUUUGAUAACAUCUAGAAAAAGCUUUUAGAAUGUUGGCUUGAGAACGUUCCUCCUUUGUUAUCAUGGAACAUUUUGAGAAUGUUUUAUAGAAGAAUGUUCUAUAAUGGGUUCCUUCAACAACAUCCUCAGGACAUUACAGACAGAAUGUUCCUCUUCUGUUGAUUUAUCACAUUACAGGAACAUUUCAUGAGAACGUUCUGUCAUCUGAGGUCUCCAGAACAUUUUUUUUUUUAUGUUACGUUGAGAACGUUCCUCCUUUGAUGUCACUGGUGAAAUGUUUUCUAGAAGAACGUUCUAUGAUGUGUUCCCUCAACAAAUAAGCUAAAUGUUCCCCCUUUAAUACAUCAGAUUAGAGGAACGUUCCAUCCACAUCGUGAGCUGCAGAUGAACCUGAUUGAAGCUGCUGGAGGUUGAAUGUUUGAUCAGAUCCAUCUUUGUUCUUCUGUUCUGUUCUUCUUGGUUCCACUGGACUCAUAUUCACUAAUAAAUAAAUCAAACUAGAAAUGCA